AUGAUGGAGGCGAAGCUCGCCCUGUGUUUUGUGUCGGACCUACCCAACUACCAGUGGAACCACUCCGUGAAAUACUGGCACGAAAGCGAAUCCAGUCAAGACUGGCGCUUCCGAAAAUUCCCCUAUCAUGACCUCUUUGGUAGCAAUAUCCUCGGCAGCCCAUGGACUGAUCCAACAUGGAAGAAUGUGUUGCGGCUAAACGACAUCACUUGGCUGCGCGACCAUCUUCUCGGAGACAGCGUCAUCUUCCCCGCGGCGGGCUACAUUGCUAUGGCUACUGAAACCAUCUACCAGAAGACGUAUGCAACUGGGCAGAUCCCAGAGGGGACUUCCAUCUCCGAACUCCCUCUCAAACUGCCCAACGUGACAUUCCCCCGAAUGCUCACACUGGACACAAAAAGUAGCACCUUGAUCCUAUUGUCGUUGCAACCGUGCUCCAGCACUAAGGAGUCAUGGCACGAGUUCACGGUCAGCACGAUCACAAAGGAUGGCUCAAUUGAAGAACACUGCCGAGGCCUUGUGGACGUUGCUAACCAAAGUCUUCCUAGACCACUUGCCAAUGCGUCAGAUAUUGCACCUUUGCAACACCCGGUCUCAGGCGCCGUAUGGUACAAGGCCAUGCGUCGGGUUGGCUAG